CUAGUUAACGCGAUCAAGAAUAUCGUUCUCCGCGGCGCAAUCGACAAAUCUUAAUUGCAGUUUCCAUAGAUUCCAACCCAAAGGUGGAUUACCCGACAGGUUUUACCACUAAUCGACCCUCGUAAUCAGAGACACGAAAUCGGAAGUAAAUUGCGGUGCAGCCUAUUCAUUGAAGAAAAGGUAGGUGCCAUUUAACCGACUUGUCCACCCCGUUUGGCAUACCGAUAGAGGUGCCAGUCCCGUGCUAUUGGACUACAUACAACAGAAUGUCAAGCGACCGAACGAAUCAAAACCAACAACCCAAGCUAGCCGAUAAAAUAGAAACGCGCAGCGACGCGGAACUCGAGGAUAUUACUUUCAGACUCAGACAAAAGGAGCUAUUCCUACAAGAACGAGAACGGACUGUACGCGAACGCGAAGAAAUAUUACGAUCAGACACAGCUAAACCCGACCUCGCUACAUUAGAAACGUUGUUACGCGAAGUUGUUACGACGCGACACCAAACGGACGACGCGUUUUACGACUCGUUCGAAUCAUACAAUAUUUCCAUACGGGAAGCGAUUAACAUGGUGCCUCAGUACGAUGGUUACAAUAUCUCUAUCGGUACGUUCACGCGGGCAUGCAAACGAGCUCGCGAAUUAAUCCUUUUUAACGCGGAAGAAACGGCAACCCGGUUGAUCAUCAAGAAAUUACGUGGGCAAGUGUACUCGAUCGUAAAAGAUUACAAUAUAUACUCGAUCGAUAGGCUCUGCGAUAUAUUAUGGGAAAAUCUAUGUACGCAAUACAAAGUCGAGCUAAGUAGUAUCUAUAUGGAUCAAGAUGAACACAUUUUAGAAUUCAUAGAUAGAGUGAAAGAUCUUCGGCAAGUAAUCUGUAACGAAGAGCGAUACAAGUCGCACGAAUUAACGGAAGAAAAACGAAAAGAAAUCGAUGAGUUUAUAUUGAUUAGUUUCUGUCACGGCCUCCCGCUAGAAUACAGAUUAAAGAUAACUCCUGACACGUGUGAGGACCUUCUUGACGCCUUCGUCAAAGCACGCAAAUUCUACGCGGAGAUAGAAUUUGACAGAGUUCGAUACCAAGAGUAUCAGCAACCGCAAGAUUUCCGGGACAGACCGACGACCUCUAACUGCGAUAAAAUAGGAAUCAAAAAUAGAAACACGCGUGCGAUAAAUUCGAAUCCGGCACCGAAAUCGUGCACAUACUGCAACAAAUUAGGGCAUAAUAAAGACGAGUGUUACAAGCGUAAACGGAAACAGCAAAUUCGAAGCGAAGAGAGUCUUCGCAGGGAUUAUCCUUCCCCUCUUCCCGCUCCUCCACAUCGAUUCCAGUCCGAGCCACACGGUCCGAGAAAGGAAUGUAGAUAUUGCAAGAAUAUGGGUCAUACGAUAGAAGAGUGUAGAAAAAAAUUGUGGCAAGAUAAAAACUCGGGAAGUGCGAAUACCCCUCCGAGGAAAGACGCGACUUCGGAGGCGAACCAACAACAGCGUCCACCAAUAGCAACAGACGUCCAGUCGACGUCCGUACAAUCCACCUAAAUAAACAUCCGAGCACUUCUUCGGUCGUUAUCGCUUCAAAGAACUUCAAGCAAGAAACAACAUUCUUAGUAGACACGGGUUUCGAACCCAACAUUCUUCAAAUCAAUUUUUCAGGGCCGACGAUCAUUUGCCGUGCAACGAAAUAAACAAAAUUAAACUAAGCGGUAUCAUCAGAGAAACGAUAACGACUUAUAGUUCUUGUAUUAUCGACAUCUACGUAUAUCCCAUAGAAUUUCACGUAGUCCCGAACUCCUUCCCCAUCCCUCAUGGCGGUAUACUCUGAGCAGAUUUCUUCAGAGAUUCAGCAAAAAUUCAUU